GCCUCUCUCCCCGCCUCCCAACCCCGUCCCCCACGUCCUUACCAGCCCCCUCCUACGUACCACCACAGAAGAACCACUCCGACACUCGCCGUUCUCUCUCUCUCUCUCUCUCUCUCUCUCUCUCUCUCUCUGAAGCAAAUAAGCGAACGAGUAACAAUCUGUGGCCAAGUUCACGCGCCACCAAUUGUUCGACCAAAGUUCCAUGCGAAGCGCCGCCAACCGGUCUCCCGGAGCCAGACCCAUUUGGCGAUGGCGAGCAACCCACCUUCGUUCCACCACCACUGCCGCUCCCUCCUCCCUUCCCCAUCUUCUCCUCCGUCCCCCCACUGUUCCUUUCCCUCCCCCGCUGCCGGAGUCUCCAAAGCCCUCCCCCCGUCCCGCUCCAUCCCCAUCCUCCUCCCCAUCGUCUUUCUCUUCUUCCUUCUCCUUUUCUUCCUCUCGAUCUUCCUCUUCCGCGACAUCCUCCACUUCACCUAUGCGUUCUUCUACGGAGGGUCGCCCAGCGCCGUCCGCCGGCCCACCACCUCAAACGCCGCCGCCGCGGAUUCCUGCCUGCGCGGGCUGGACCCCGACAUCCUGGCGUCGUUCCCCACGCUGCCCUAUUCCUUGGUGAGGGGGCUGCAGGAGGGCAAGUGCGGAGCGGAGUGUGCCGUCUGCCUCGCCGAGUUCGCCGGUGGCGACGUAAUCCGCCUGCUCACCGUCUGCUGCCACGCCUUCCACCCGCCCUGCAUCGACUCCUGGCUCGCCGCCCACGCCACCUGCCCCCUCUGCCGCUGCGACCUGAAGGCACCGCCCGACGAGGCCGCCGUCAUGGCGGUGCGGGAGGCCGUCGACGGUGGAUGCGACAGCCAUUGCAUCUCGAUCGACGACGACGGGGAGGGGGCGGAGGGACGGUUGGAGAAAUCGGCACCGGAGAGGACCUCGAACCCGACGAAUGCAGGAGAGAGGAGGGAGGAUGCCGACGAGGGUGCAGCACGAUGAAGACGAACAGUGCGAGCGCCCGUGAAGGAGCGGACCUCAUAGGAAACACGUGGCUAUAAAUGCUCGUAUCUUUCCGACUUAGAUUUGAUCGGAGUUUUUGCCGAGAUUUAUUAGAGCUUACGAACAACACACGGGAAUUGAAAUCGAUGACAAUAUUAAGUUACUAGUGGCUCUGCCAUUAGCUUAGUAGAUUACAAUCUGCAUGUAGUUGGACGCGUCCUGUGCUUUGUUACAAUCACUUGUCGAUAUCCUGCUGCAUGUCAA